AAACCCACAACAGCCAAACAAAGCUCUCCCUCUCUGUCUAGCUUCUUCUUCUGUUCUCCACAACGCGCCCUCUCCCAAAUUCAAAUCCCGAUCCACCGCUUUCGAUUUCAACUCUGAAUUUUCUUCUCUGAGAACUGUUUCUCUCUAUCUAGAAACAAUGAGGAAAGGAGCUAAGAGGAAGACAAGAGAGACAAAAUCGUCAUCGUCGUCGCAAGAGAACCACGAAGAAACCAUAAAAGCCACUUCUCGAGCCAAGCGGGUCAAGGCCUCCAAGCCCGAGACCGAGCCUGAGUACUUUGAAGAUAAGCGGAACUUGGAAGAUUUAUGGAAGGAAGUAUUUCCUGUUGGGACAGAGUGGGAUCAAUUGGACUCAGUUUAUCAGUUCAAUUGGAACUUCAAGAAUUUGGAAGAUGAAUUUGAAAAAGAGAAGGGGAAGCUACGUGGGAAGAAAGUUUAUCUAUUUGGUUGUACAGAGCCUCAAUUAGUCCAUUUCAAGGGUGAAAGCAAAGUCGUAUGCAUACCUGUGGUGGUGGCUGUUGUAUCUCCUUUCCCCCCUUCAGAUAAGAUUGGUAUUAACUCUGUUCAAAGAGAGGCUGAAGAAAUAGUUCCGAUGAAACAAAUGAAAAUGGACUGGGUUCCAUACAUUCCACUUGAAGACAGAGACAGCCAAGUGGACAGACUGAAAUCACAAAUAUUUAUUCUGAGGUGUACUCAGAGAAGGACUGCUCUGAAACAUUUGAAGAUAGAUCGGCUUAAGAAAUAUGAGUACUGCCUGCCUUAUUUCUACCAACCGCUUAAGGAAGAUGAGCUUGAACAGAGCACUGAGGUUCAAAUAAUUUUUCCAGCUGAGCCGAAACCGGUUUUCUGUGAGUUUGAUUGGGAGUUAGAUGAACUUGAGGAGUUCACUGAUAAUCUUAUCAAGGAGGAGGAAUUGUCUGAAGAUCAGAAAGAUGCUUUUAAGGAUUUUGUCAAAGAGAAAAUUCGUGAAGCAAAGAAAGCAAAUCGAGAGGCAAAAGAGGCCAGGAAGAAAGCCCUUCAAGAAAUGAGUCAGGAAACUAAGACUGCAUAUGAAAAUAUGAGUUUUUACAAGUUCUAUCCUGUAUCUGACAAAGAUUCACCUGAUGCACCUGAUGUAUCAAAAGUUCAGUCACCUUAUAUAAACAGGUACUAUGGGAAGGCUAAAGAGGUCCUGCCCCCCAUCUGUGAGAAAGAUGCAAACUUACUUUUUCGUAAGAUUUAGAUGAACUCAUUGCUGCUUUAAUUGCCCGAUAGUACUUGUAAAAUACAACGUUGAGGUUCUUUUUUUUUUUCUUUUUUUUUCUAAAAUAAAUUUGUCCGUGAGCUUCAGGUGCUUAAAGUAUCCUGUGGCUCGAAUUGGUCCCUGUACCCUUCCUCUCUUCAUUCUCUUGAGAAACUUGUGUUCUUAUCAAAGAACCUGAAAUUUUGUAUGACCAGUUCAAUUGAGAGCAAAUGAACCUGGAAUUUCUUAAAGUUAUAUUUUGUGGUAUCUUCACCCCUCA